AUGGAGAUCAUCAGAAUUACAUCCGCACUUUCACAUCCGUCCACAACCCAACCAUCGAUGUGUACGAACGCCUCCUUAUCCCCCAACCAAACGUUUAUAUCGCCGACGGACAACUGGAGACCUCUGGAUUACUCUCCAGGCAUCGCCGGGAUCCUCAUCCCUCUGGUGUACAUAACCGUCUGCGUCGUUGGUCUGGUCGGUAACACUCUAGUAAUCCACAUCGUCCUGCGAUAUUCCCAAGCGGAGUCUGUGACAAAUAUCUACAUCUUAAAUCUAGCUAUCGCUGACGAACUCUUCAUGUUGGGUCUGCCAUUCCUCGCCGUACAGAACGGCCUCCUCUCCUGGCCCUUCGGAUCUUUGAUGUGUCGUCUGGUCAUGACCGUCGAUGCAAUUAACCAAUUUACUAGCAUCUUCUGUCUGACCGUGAUGAGCAUCGACCGAUAUCUUGCUGUAGUGCAUCCCCUCCGAUCCUCUAGGUGGCGCCAGCCACGUGUGGCUAAAACUGUGAAUUGCACAAUAUGGGCGAUUUCAUUUGUAGUAGUCCUACCAGUGGUGGUGUUCGCCGGCGUUCUGCAGGAUGAUGGAAAUUGUAGUAUUGUAUGGCCGGAGCCUGCCGAGGUCUGGAAAGCGUCGUUUAUUAUCUAUACGGCGACGGUGGGAUUCUUCGGCCCGCUUACCGUAAUCUGUCUCUGCUAUUUGUUAAUUGUAGUGAAAGUGCGCAGCUCUGGACGAAGAGUCCGCGCUACAUCAAUUCGCCGCAGGAAAUCAGAACGCAAAAUAACGCGAAUGGUCGUAAUCGUCGUAGCGGUGUUCGUAUUCUGCUGGCUGCCGUUCUACGUUUUAAACAUUGUAAACCUGCUGGUUCUGCUACCAGGCGAGUUCAGAGGCCUGUAUUACUUUGUCGUAGUGCUUUCAUACACAAACAGUUGCGCAAAUCCCAUCUUGUACGGAUUCCUCUCGGACAAUUAAAGAGGAUUUCGGAAAGCCUUGUGUCGAUCGUCUAGACGUGUGGAGAACCAGGAUCUGCAGCAGGGAACGGGAAUGGUGGCGCUCCCGCUGGAGGAGAUCCGAAGGGAGAUGGAGGUAAAGGAGCAUCUGAAGGCCAUGGAUAUUGAGGAACGCGAAGGGAACGAACUUCGAAAUGGAAAAAACGUGGAUGAACGAUGUGAUGGUGCCGUCAGCUCGACCUCUGAACCCGCAGCUGUUCUCAAUGGAGCUCGGAGACACAAACACCUGCCGCAGAACGGCGAGGAUAAACGCUCCGUCCUGGAGAUCAGCUGUUUGUGA